AUGUUCCUUGUUCUUCCUCUGUGUUUCUCCUCAGUGAUUUUCUGUGCAUUCACAGUGUUUUUUCUUUCCGUUGCAAGUUUAAAGCUCGUACAAUUCUCAUUCGACCUUGGCCCUCUUUUCCCAAUUCCCAGUACCCUCUUCCGAUUCAUCUGCUUCACCUGCUUGCCCAUCAAGCUUCAAAAAAAACCUAAACCUCAAAAGGAUUUCCCUAAAUGGUUAUUUGCGAUUAAAGUCGCAAUCACUUUUUUGGUGGUACUGAUACAUGAGUUUGAUUACAUACAAUAUCUACCUCCGGUUCUACUAUUAGGUCUCUACCCUCUGCAGAUUUACCUAGGGCUUGAGACUAUCGUAGUCCCACUUCAAUUUCUGCUCACAAUCACUCUUGGUUGCGACCUCGAGCCGCUUUUCAACGAACCAUACUUAGCUACAUCUCUUCAAGACUUUUGGGGUCGCCGGUGGAAUCUCAUGGUCACGGAUAUUCUCCGGUCAACCGUCUAUUCCCCUGCGAGGUCGCUCUGCGAAUGGUUCGUAAAUCCUGAGGUCGCUUCCAUCAUUGGAGUCUUAGCGACGUUCAUAUACUCUGGCCUGGGUCACGAGGUGCUCUAUUUCGGUUUAACCCGUGAACUUCCUUCUGGAGAGGUGACUUUGUUCUUUUUGUUACAUGGAGUUUGCGUGGUGGUUGAAGUUUGGGUUAAGAAAAAGACUUUCGUGGGGCGGUGGCCGGUGAAACCGGCUGUGUCACGGCUGGUCACGGUGGGGUUUGUGUGUGUGACCAGUGGUUGGCUGUUUUUUCCUCAGUUAAAACGCGGGAAAGUGAUGGAGAGAAGCGUCAAAGAAGCCUUGUUGUUGGUUGAUUUCUUCAAGAGCAAGUUUUUUUGUUUCCUUGGUGAUAUAAUGGAUCACGGAAACAUGAUGCUAAGUUUUCAAAACGCAGAUCAUCAUAACUAUUAUUAA